UAGGGGGCAGUACACGCAUAUUGAGUAGUAAAAUCAGUGGGGAAGUAACUAGAUGGAUUGUUGAUAAGGCUCGGCCUGUUUGAAGAAACAAUAAACCUGAUGUAAUAACGUCGAAUCGUUCUCAAUUACACAGUCAAUACAAUGAUUCUAACUGUAAAACCACUUCAAGGAAAGGAGUGCAACGUACAGGUCACAGAAGAUGAAAAAGUAUCCACUGUGAAAGAACUGGUGUCUGAACGUCUGAAUAUACCUGCAAAUCAGCAGCGAUUGCUUUACAAAGGGAAAGCCCUUGCAGAUGAACAUAGAUUGAGUGAUUAUUCCAUUGGGCCAGAGGCCAAGUUAAAUUUGGUGGUUCGUCCAGCGGGGGAGAGGAGUGGAGUGGCUGGGAUGGCUAGCAGUAGCUGUGCUGUCGGUGGGGUGUGGCAGACUCUGUCCACUGUCCUGGCGAAGCAUUACAGCCCUGCAGAUGCAGCUAAAGUGCAAGAACAGCUUGUCAAGGAUUAUGAACGUUCACUUCGGCAACUCAGCCUGGAUGACAUUGAACGCCUGGCUGGGCGACUGCUUCACCCAGAGAGUGAGGGCAUGAACACAACAUACAUGGAUUGAGAGACUACCUGUCUGACAUGACAGUAUUCUGGCGAUUCCCAGAGGAGCAGUGGGUCAAUUUUUGAAGAGCAUGGCAGGAGAACUGCAGUGUAAAUUGACUUUUCAUGCUGAGAAUCCCGUGUCAGCCUGAUAAAGGUUUAAUUGUACAGGGAUAAAAUGAACGCUUGACUAUAGUCUU